GUUGGGGGCGGACUUGCGCUUUCACAAAGACGACAACGACUCGUCAUAUCUCCGCCUGUGUGCGCAGUCUCCCAAAGCCGUCACAGAUAUCUGACCCGCCGACGAGGGUUCCAAAAGAGAGAGAUGGCAGCAGCACUCUCGGCGCGCUCCAGCGCGAUCCUCCGGCGCUCUCUCCUCUACGUCCCGGCCUCCUCCCCACGGAUGCUGCAAAAGUCCCUCGGCCUCACCUCCGACAACAUCACCUACGACCUCGAGGACAGCGUCACCCCGGCCGCAAAGCCCACGGCCCGCCAGGCCCUGCGCGAGCACCUCACCAACCUCUCCUCGUCCUCGUCUCCAGGACAGCGGCCGCUAAACAUUGGCGAGCUCGCGAUCCGGAUCAACGCCGUCUCGACGCCCUAUGCUCUCGACGACCUCACCGCGCUCGCGGCGCUGCCGCACCUGGACGCCAUCGUGGUGCCAAAGGUCAACUCGGCCAGCGACCUGAGCUUCGUGACAGACGCCCUGCGGCACCUAGCUCCGGAGCGACACAACACGACAACGACGACGACCAGCAACAGCAGCACCACAUCACAGGAAGAAGAAGAGGAGGCGUCCCGCCGCCAGCAGCAACCACUCAAGAUAAUAGCCCUCAUCGAGUCGGCCCAGGCGAUCCUCAACCUGCCCCAGAUCUGCGCGUCCUCGCCCUACCUGUCGGGCCUGAUCUUCGCGGCCGAGGACUUCGCGCUGGACCUCUCGCUGACCCGCACCCCUUCCCUGUCCGAGUUCCUGUACGCGCGGUCCGCCAUCGUCACGAGCGCGCGCGCGCACAACCUCCCCUCAGCGAUCGACCUCGUUUGCACGUCGUACCGCGGGCCCGAGGGCGAGGCCAGGCUCGAGGAGGAGUGCUCUGGCGGUAAAGCCCUGGGGUUCAACGGGAAGCAGUGCAUACACCCGUCCCAGGUGGCCACCGUGCAGAGGCUGUUCGCGCCGGGAGAGAAGGAGGUCGAGUGGGCGGUCCGGGUGGUCGUGGCGGACGAAAAGGCCGGCCGGGCCGGCAGGGGCGCGUGGACGCUCGACGGGGCCAUGAUUGACGCGCCCGUCACGGGCAAGGCGAGGGCCGUGGUGGACAAGGCCGCCCGGUGCGGGUUCGACGUCGAAGGGUUGAGGCAGAAGUGGAAGGAUCAGGAGCCGGAGUGAUUGCUGUACACCACGCCUGAGUGCUUUACUUUGGUGUAAGUAGCAAGCGGGAAAUGGAGGGGGGGCCCAUGUGUCAAAAAGGGCAUUCGUAUUCUGCGUAUUCCAAAGCCUUUGCGUUUGGCAAAAACUCGCCUAUUGUUCAACUCG